AUGGGCUACUACGCAUACAAUCCACUCGGUGGUGGCUUCUUUACAGGUAACUUUUCGAAAGAUGCGCAGGUGGAGAAGGGCUCGAGAUUCGAUCCGGAGAAGUGGCAGGGUAAGAUGUACAGGGCGAAAUACUUCAAGGAUGAAUACUUCGAAGCGCUCGACAUUGUGAAGCCGGCGGCGGACAAACAUGGGCUUACGAUGGCGGAGGUGGCGUUGAGGUGGAUGACACACCACUCGCAGCUGGGGAGGAAGUAUCCGGAUGCGAUUUUGAUUGGGGCGAGUAGUACGAAGCACAUUGAGCAAAACUUAAAGGACCUCGACAAAGAACCACUGCCUGAGGAUGUAGUGAAAGCGUUGGAUGAGGCUUGGGAGAAAGUGAGGUCUGUGACUAGCAGGUAUUGGCAUUAG